GGUUGUUGAGUAACAAGGUGGGGCGUUUUCGCACAGUUUGAAGCAACAAGUUGCCCUGGCCGGAAGGCAGGCAGGCGACUACUCCAUCGUGUUUCCAGCGGCAGGUGGUCACCGCGCGUCCAACACUAACCGCAGUUUGUGAAUGGGGUUAUGACCGCAGAGCCUUCAGAACCCCGGGUUGACUUGGACGGAGUGGAAUAACUUCUUUUAACUAGCUCAGUUCUCUUUUACUUUUUCUUUUCUCCAGGACGCGGAAAGUGAAGUUUGGUAAAUUAGUAGAUACGUUUUUUUGACGGGCUGCGCGUCUCUGCGUGCGUAAUGCUCUCUGUGUAGAACCUUUUGAUACUGAAUUGUGUUGCACUUUAAAUAAUGGCAUUCGCUAGAUUCAGCAGAAUACUCCGUCUGCCCACAAUUGAAAUCAAAAAGAAAGUCAAGCAGUACGAGCACGUCCAUCGGGACAUCAAUCCUAACGACAUAUGGGAAAUUAUUGGCGAGUUGGGCGACGGCGCGUUUGGAAAGGUCUACAAGGCCAGGAACAAGGAGACAGGAGCUCUGGCUGCAGCCAAACAGAUCGAGACGAAAUGUGAAGACGAGCUAGAGGACUACAUCGUUGAGAUUGACAUCCUGGCUAAAUGUGACCACCGCUACAUUGUCAAGCUGCUUGAUGCAUUUUACCAUGACAACAAACUGUGGAUCAUGAUCGAGUUCUGCCCCGGAGGUGCUGUGGAUGCCACAAUGCUAGAGUUGGAUCGUGGGCUGACGGAGCCGCAGAUUAAGGUGGUUUGUCGCCAGAUGCUGGAAGCUCUGGUCUACCUCCACAGCAUGAAGAUCAUCCACAGAGACCUGAAGGCCGGUAACAUCCUCCUCAUGCUGGAUGGGGACAUCAAACUGGCUGAUUUUGGUGUGUCUGCAAAAAACACCAAAACCUUACAAAGAAGAGAUUCUUUCAUUGGAACACCAUACUGGAUGGCCCCAGAGGUGGUAAUGUGUGAGACAAUGAAGGAUGCGCCGUAUGACUACAAGGCUGACAUCUGGUCUCUGGGAAUCACUCUGAUCGAGCUCGCCCAGAUUGAACCCCCGCACCAUGAGCUCAACCCCAUGAGGGUGCUGCUGAAGAUCGCCAAGUCGGAGCCUCCCACCCUGGAGCAGCCACACAAAUGGUCGCAGGAGUUUAAAGAUUUCCUGAGGAAAGCGUUGGAUAAAAAUCCAGAGACCCGUCCGACUGCGGUACAACUCAUGGAGCACCCUUUUGUGAGAUCUGUGACGUCUAACCGUCCACUGCGGGAGCUGGUGGCCGAGGCCAACGCUGAGGUCAUGGAGGAAAUUGAGGAAGGAGAGGACAACCCCACGGAUCCCGAUGUGUCUCCAGACAAGAAGCCUUGCCAGACCAGCCAGACCAGUUUGGAAAGAGAGCAGUCUCCGGACACCCCGAGCCCUACCACGCCCUCCCCAACCACACUAAUACCUUUACCCAGGAAGGAGGCCGAGCCAGAUACACCAACAGAGGAACAGCCAGGCUCUGUCAUGGUGGUUCCUGUUCCCCUACCACGGCAGAAUCUCCCUUCAAAAGAUUCAGAGGAGCUGGGCGACAAACUGACCGAUGAAGUCACUCUUGAGUCUAAGAAAUGUGAGAGCGAGGACUCAACCAAGACUUCCAGCUCGGAUUCGGGCAUUGAAGAUGGGAAGAGUACCCCCACAUCGGAGGAGGAAAAGGUUGCUGUGGAGACCCCAGAGAAAGAACAGCCACCAUCUCUCCCCCAGCCCGAGGCAUCUGAGGAGCAUGUUGACGUCAUCAUAGACUCAACAGACCCAGAGGGGCCGAAGAUCCAGGUGGCCGAGGAGGAGAGCAACGUUGUGGCUAACGGAGGCUUACCAACACCAAGCUCAAGUCCCACUGUCACUCCUACACCGACUCCCCCUCCUUCUUCUGCUCCUACCCCAGUACCCAGACCCCGUUCUGGGCCGAAUGAUAGCGUAACCAAAGGUACCCCAGAGCGGACAUCGACAGGAGGAAAUGCUGACACUACCUCUACUUAUAUCAAUGGAGGGAUUAUCAACAAACGGUACUCUUAUUCAGGCAGCAUGGCAUCAGAGAGUAUGGACAUGGAGAAUAUCUCAAGGAACUUCUCGAAUAAGACUCUGAAGCGGACCAGGAAGUUUGUUAUUGACGGCGUACAAGUGAGUGUGACCACCUCCAAGAUCAUCAGGGAUGAUGAGAAGAAAGAUGAGGAGAUGAGAUUCCUGAGACGUCAGGAGCUGCGUGAACUCCGUUUGCUGCAGAAGGAAGAGCACCGCGCUCAGGCUCUUCUAAACGCCAGACUGGAAACACAGAGAGAACAAAUGCAGAGACGCUUUGACCAGGAGAUGCAUGCCAAGAAGAAGCACUACGAUGUGGAGCUGGAGAACCUGGAGAAGCACCAGAAGCAGUGUAUUGAGAAGAUGGAGGGAGACCACCAUGUUAAACUCAAGGAAGAGACCAAGCGCAUCAAAGCAGAUCAGGAACGUGACUUCCACAAGUUCCAGGAUCAGAUGAAACACAAGAAAAAGGAGGUAAAACAGGUUGUUGAUAAGCUGCCCAGAAGUCAGCGUAAAGAAUCCUUGAAGCAGAGGAUGAAUUCCUUCCAAGAAGAGAAGAUACAAGAGGAGAAAACAUUCUUGGCAGCUCAGAAGAACCACCUGGACACCACGUUGAUGAGAAUCCUCUCCAACAACAAGAGAGAGAUUGCAGAGAUGGAGAGGGAAUGCCUCAACAAGAAACACCACCUAAUCAGAGAGCGUGAAGCUACGAUAUGGGACAUGGAGGAGAAGAACCUUUUCGAGAGACACCAGUUAUUGAAGCAGCAGCUGAAAGACCAGUACUUCCUCCAGAGGCAUCAACUUCUCAAAAAACAUGAGAAGGAGCAGGAACAGAUGCAGUGCUACAAUCAGCGAAUGAUUGAGAUUCUGAAAGCUCGGCAGCAGCAGGAGAAGAACCGGCUGCCUAAGAUCCAGCGCAGUGAGGCAAAGACCCGCAUGGCCAUGUUCAAGAAGAGCCUCCGCAUCAAUUCAACGGGCAGCGCCUCAGAGGACAGAGAGAAGAUCAAACAGUUUUCUCAGCAGGAGGAGAAGCGGCAGAAGGCAGAGAGGCUGCAUCAGCAGCAGAAACAUGAGAACUACAUGAGAGAGAUGAUUGGCCAGUGUGAAAGCAAUAUCAGAGAGCUGCAGCAGCUACAGAAUGAAAAAUGUCACCUGUUGAUUGAGAAUGAGACUCAGAGGCUCAAGCAUUUGGAUGAACAACACAACCAGCUGCUGAAGGAAUGGAGGGAUCAGCUGAGACCCAGAAAGAAGAUCCUUGAAGAUGAGCUAAACAUGAAGAAAAGGGAGCAGGAGGCUUUCUUCAGGAUGAGUGGGAGUUCUGAUUGCUCAAACCCAAGUUCUCCCAACAAACUCUCCAAGUUUGUGCCUUACCAAGACUCUUCUACCACAUAAGAACAGCCGCUGUGACAUUGCACAAUAUCUCCUGGCCAUUGUUAGCACCAACACAUAACCAUACACCCACUGGCAUUACAAAUGCCUGCUGCCUCAGUUUUAAUUGGCUUUGCCCGUAAUGGCACCAUACCUAUCCCCCCAAUUAGGUUUCUUUAUUGUUUUAGUGAAUAUUUAUGUUUUAACUCAUGUUCUAAGGUUUUUCUUUUUUAAAAAAAAGUGUAGUAUUUGAUGGAUUUAAAACUCAUCAUGUGCUUCACACGAAUCAGUUACAUAGUAUCUGCUCCCAUACAGUGUUUUAAUUUCUUUUUUCUGUUAAAGUCUGCUUCUUAAUGCUCACCAGUGAAACAUGAGGGUAAUAUGAUACAGUGGCCGUGAGUUUGGGUGAACUUAAGAUACCAAACUAAUUAUCUGUCUUAAUGAGUAAAUAUUGAGGAAAAAACAGUUUGGUUAGGAAGAAGUAGUUUGUGGUCUCUAAGCACCCAGUGAGGGAAUUUCUUUUUGCAUGAGUUUGUUUCUAAGACAGCUGGUGAGCCAGUAACUAAGCACUUUUUGUUUACCCCAAAUUAUCAGUGCUGUCUUCCAAAUAUAAUGACCAAAAACACACCCAAAAUUUAAGAAUUUACAGACUUAAUACUCCCCCAGAUGUCUGCAGAAGUCUGCCUUUAUUUAUUUUUACUGAUUUGAAAAAAAACCAACCUUAUCUAGAUUUAUUACUGUAAAUGCUAAUUUAAAUAUUUUCUCUCUUGUUUUAACCAACUCCCAUGGUAUGAAGGAUGUGGUUAUUUUUUCUUGUUUGAAAUGGGGGAUGAGGCUAAAUCCAGAUCAGAAUUUAAAUGUUUCUUUUAAAUGAUUAUUUAGGAAUGAGAUUUUAACAGACAGGGGAGGGCUUAUUGUUAUUCAAAGUGUUGCUAUUAUGACAUUUAUAUUUUUCUGUUGUAUUUUUACUGUAAAAUCAGUCACACUGGAUGGGAACUGACAAAGCCAAAGGAAAAUACUGUUGUUCUUUGAAGGAUGUUAAAUAGGGGAUUUAAAUUUGAAUUUAAAAAUGUAUCGCAUGUAAAAUUGUUGUACCAUGUGCAGUAAAUGCACUGCCUGCUAACCAAAGUGCAAUAUUACACGUAUGUCUCGCCUAAGCUUAAAGAUGUUUAUUUUUCUUAAACUCUGCCUUCCUUUGCACUGAGAGGGGGGAUAAUAUGAAGAGUUUAACUCCAAAAAUAGAUGUAUCAACCUUUUUGAAAGAAAGAGCAUUGCUUAAAAAAUAUUCCAUCUUCAUCAUUUUUAGUACUUGUGAAGCAAUAGUUUAGGGAUUAAUUUUUCGAAUAAUAAUCUGAUGCAGCUGAGGAACUCGUAUUGUUGAGUGAGGUUUUUUUUUUUUAGAGCAGUCUGGUCUGCAAAUUUACAUUGAUUCAGGUCAGCAAUCAGGUACAGCUUAAUCUCUCUCUCCCUCUCACACACUCUCAAAAGUAUUUAUAUUUGAAAAAAUUCUCUUUUCUGUCAUGUGUAAUGGCUCCAUCUAUGCCUUCCUCUCUGCCUCAGUUUACAUGACAUUGUUUGUAUGGAGGGGUUGUGAGUGUGAAUGAGACUGUAUCAGAAGGAACCACUGUUGUAAAUAACUCUUAAUAAAGGCAGAUUUUCUAAUUA